UUGAUUUAUUUGUGAAUGAAGGACACGCUGAAUUUGUUUUGUGAAGCUUGCAAGAAAGUCACGUUUAAUGUUCCUUCUACGCUAGAGGCUGAGACAUUAAUUGGCAGAGUAAAUUUGGAAGAGUGCCUAAAGUCUGCAGAAGCUAUCAGCUCAAGUGAUUCAAACUUCAGAAUUUUAGAAGAUGGUUCUGUGUAUACAACAAAUAUCACUACUUUGUCUGCUGAGAAAAAAGCUUUUGCCAUAUUGCUCGAGAAUAUCCAAACACGUGAACAAAAGACGAUACAUGUUAAUUUGCUAUCAGAUCAAAGAGAGGAACAUAAGGCCAGACAUGCUAGAGAUACAGUCCUACGGCGAACAAAAAGGAUGUGGAGUCCCAUCCCAUCCCAUGUGAUGGAAAAUGCACUUGGACCUUAUCCACUACAAAUUCAACAGAUCCAGUCUGAUAAAGCUCAGUACCACAAAAUUUAUUAUUCAGCAAGGGGAGCUGGAGUUAAUGAAGAGCCAAAGGGUUUGUUUUACGUAGAGGCAGAAACUGGGAAUAUCUUCGUUACACGUGCAAUAGAUCGUGAACAGUAUCCAUCGUUUCAGAUAAUAUGCUAUGCAACCACAGCAGAUGGCUAUUCACCAGAGGUACCACUUUUGCAUAAAAUCAUAGUAGAGGAUGAUAAUGACAAUGCCCCGUACUUUAUAGCUGAGAGUUUAAAGUUUCGUGUUCCAGAGCAUUCCAAGCCUGGGACAUUAGUUGGAACAGUGAUUGCAAAAGAUUUAGAUGAACCUUUAACUCCGCACACCAUGUUGAGAUACCGAAUUGUGCCCAGCAUACAGACGACUGGAACAUGUUCCACAUUUGGUAUACACAGUGAGACAGGUGUAAUCACUGUAAUUUCACCAGCACCAGACAGAGAGAUGGUAGGCAAAUGUACGUUCCCUGUAGAAGUAAGAGAUAUGGCAGGUCAGUCUUUUGGCUUGUGCAAUACAGGGACGGUUGAAAUUGAGAUUGAAGAUGUAAAUGAUAAUGCACCACAGUGUGAAAAGAAGCCUCAGUGUACUUAUGUAGUACAAAUAGAAGAAAAUAGAGCAAAUGUGACACUAUUGAGAAUUCCUGUUUCUGAUGCUGAUAAGCCUUACACAAAGGCCUGGAUUGCUCGCUUCUCCAUUACAAAGGGAAAUGAUGAUCUUGCUUUUACUGUUGCAACUGAUAAAAAGACAAAUGAAGGGCUACUAUGUCUUACUAAGGGACUGGACUAUGAAAAGAGCAGACAGAGGACACUUGAAAUUACAGUAAAUAAUGAAGACCCAUACAUACUAGGCCCACAUUCAAGAAGCCUGGUCACAUGCAUAUGUAGUGUUAUAAUUAACGUGAUGAAUGUUGAUGAGGAACCAGUGUUCAGUCCUCCAAUAUUAUGUAUAGAGGUUCAAGACUGUGACAAAAUCGGAACAGUGAUUGGCAAAUACACAGCAGUGGACCCAGAAACUGGAAACAGAGAAGGCAUAUGCUAUCGAAUAGCACCUGGCCAAAGUGAUUGGAUCACCAUUGAUGAAAAAACAGGUGAACUCCGAACUAAUAAAGUUUUGGAAAAAGACGCCUUAGGAAUGAAACGUGGUGAAAGUAAUAUUACAGUCCUGGGAAUCGACCAAAGUAUGAAAACAGGUACUGGAACAGUAAGGAUUAUCUUGAAAUGUGGGAACAAGACUCCCCCAAGGAUAAUUAGGGCAAGAGGCAUUGCAUGCAGAAAUGGAAGGCCAGUUUGCUUUGAUAUAUUUGAUCCAGAUAAAGAACCCUAUGCUGCACCCUUCAAAGCCCGCAUUGCUGAUGAACAUAUGAAUUCAUUAUGGAAGACGAUACAAAAUGAUGGUAAAUCUAUAUGUCUACAACCGAAAAAAAAUGCUCAGGUUGGAAGUUAUAAAGUUCCUCUUCUAAUAAGUGAUAAUGGAGGAAAGCAAGAAUGCACUGAUCUUAUAAUUGACCUCUGCGAUUGUACUAAUGAAGGUUUAUGUAAAGACAUCUUUGAGCCACGUUUACCUCGUAGAUCAGAUAAUUUCUUUCUUGGAGUAGGGGCCAUCCUUGCCAUGAUCUUAGGAUCACUGUUACUACUGUUAAUACUGAUAACGCUUUGUGGCUGUUGGGGAACUGCAGCAGUAGGCAGAGUAGUGACCGAUGACCCUGCUAAUCACAACUUAAUUAUAUCAAACACAGAAGCACCUGGAGACGUAGUGAUGGACCCAAAUAUAAUUCCUCUACAAACUACAACAGUAAAUACUUGUGAGCAAGUGGCUGGCCUGGGCACAAUUGGACAAGGAGUGGGCACAAUUGGACAAGGAGUGGGCACAAUUGGACAAGGAGUAGAGCAACACAAUUUUGGAGGGCAAAAUAUGGAUUCGGGCAAAUACUCCUACUCAGAAUGGCACAAUUUUACGCAUCCUCGUCUAGGUGAAAAAGUGCAUCUGUGCAGACAGGAUGAAGAGCUUAAGCAUUCAGAAGACUAUGUCCUUCCAUAUAACUAUGAAGGAAGGGGAUCACUGGCUGGUUCUGUAGGCUGCUGCAGUGAUCGGCAGGAAGAGGAAGCUCUUGACUUUUUAGAUCAGCUGGAACCCAAGUUUAGGACGUUAGCAGAAACAUGUGUAAGGAGAUAAGUGCGUUUAUCACAGUGCUGAAAACUGCAAAUAAAUGGAUGUUUUACUUUGCCAAUGUUAGUUGAUUUUGAACUUAAAUGCAGCAGAUUCUACUUUUUAUUUUCCUUUCUGAGGGGAGAGGUUUAUCAAAAGGCAUUAAGGGUUUUUACAAGAACUUAAAUCCUUCAUAAUUUGCCAUACUUUAUAGAUAUUGACCUAUAUUUGUUGUAUCCAAGAUAAAAGUUUUAAAACAUAUUGUUCUGUAUAACUACUUUAAUACCAUAAUAUGGGUUUCUAUUUAGCAUUACAUUUUCCAUUCUUUGUUUGUCUGUAUAGUUUUAAGUAUUCAUAAAAAUUUCUUUUAUUUA